AUAUAUAUAUAUACAAGUCCCUCACCAAUUCUUAGGGACUGAAACUAAUAAAUCGUACUCCUCUCCAAUCACCAACAAUCUCUCUCUCUCUCUCUCUCUCUCUCUCUCUCUCUCUCUCUCUCUCUCUCUCUAAACCAGUUAGUGGGGGGAGAGAAAGCAUGGGGAGAGCUCCAUGUUGUGAGAAGGUGGGGUUGAAGAAGGGGAGGUGGACUGAAGAGGAGGACGAGAUAUUGGUUAAGUAUAUUACCACCCAUGGUGAAGGUUCUUGGAGAUCCUUGCCUAAGAAUGCAGGGCUUUUGAGGUGUGGGAAGAGCUGCAGGUUAAGGUGGAUAAAUUAUCUUAGAGCAGAUCUAAAGAGGGGAAAUAUUUCUCAGGAGGAGGAGGAGAUGAUAGUAAAACUCCAUGCCACCCUUGGGAACAGAUGGUCCCUUAUAGCAGGGCAUCUUCCAGGACGAACAGACAACGAGAUCAAAAACUACUGGAACUCCCACCUCAGUAGAAAACUCCACAACUUCAGAAAAAUUGAAGGCAAUAGUGGCGUUAAGGAUGGCGAAGAAUCCACCGUCGUCAAUCUCGAGAGUCUGCCCGACGGCAGCAGGCGGAGGGGCGGCCGGUCCACGGCGAAGAGUAACACAAAGGGCGGCGAAAGCAGUAAAAGGGCGAAGAGAUCAGAGAAACACAGCAAGAAAGAGAAGAGAUCUGAAGAGAUUGUUGUUAGCCCCGCAACAUCACAAGCACAAAGCAUGGUUUUGGACCCAUGCAGCAACAACAACAACAACAACAACAGCAGCAACAACAACCAGGCUAGUAGUGUCACAUUUGAGGGGUUUGAUGAACCCAUGUUGGGCCCAAAUGAGGAGAUGGUGAGUGGGCUUUUGAGCCCAUCAAGCCCAUUAGGGAGCGACCUAUUGAAAAUGGAAGCAUUACUAUGGGGUGCAAGUGAGGAGAGAGAGGGUGAUAGUGCUCUUGUUUUAAAUGGGGAUCAGAGAGAGAGUGAGCCCUUAGUCCAUAAUGAAGAGAGAGAAAAUGAGGAAGUGGUCUCAACCCAAGUUGAGAGUGUGUUGGAUUGGGACUUGAGGGGCAUGGAGGAGAAGCUAUGGGAUGAGGAGGGGGAGAUGUGGUCAUGGAUGUGGGAUGGUCAUGAUGAUGAGAUCAUUAAUGGGAGUGAGGUGCAGGUGGGAAUGCAAGGGAUGGAGGGGAAUGACUACUCAGAGGAGCCAUUUAGCAAUUGGCUUCUUAAAGAAGCAGUUACAGAGACUUAGGGUUUAGUGUGGCUACAAGAAAUUCGCGUUGGUGCAUGAGAGAGAUUACCUUGUUGCUGUUUUACCGACGUUUGGAACGUUGUAAAUUAAGAGCUUUAGAUAUAUUGAUGCCUUUUUGUAGAAA